AUGGAGGAUUCAGGGUACAUGAAACCACCAGAGAGCUUUGACGAGAUAUCAAGGUUGGAAGCUGUCUCCAAAUAUAGGGAUUUGGAACAUUGGAGUAGUUCUAAAUUUUUUACGAAGUUAUUGUCGAGAUUGAAGAGAGAUUUCAAAGUGUGUGGUGUGUCGAUUUCAUUGGUUGAUAAUCUCAAGUGUUACUACAAGUUUGAGACAUGUUUGGGCAUAUCUGCUAUUCCACGAUGUGUUGCAAUAGAUUCCCAUGCUAUAUUAUCAAAUGGUUAUUUUCUAUUAUUAGAUGCAACUCAGGAUUGGAGGACCCGUACCAAUCCAUUGGUUGCAGGAUCCCCGUAUUUGAAGUUCUAUUGUGGUGUGCCAUUGUUGACAGGAAAAGGACAGGUUAUUGGAAUAUUAGCCAUAUUUGACAAUCAUUCAAGAAAAGCGUUUAAUGAAGAGUCAUGUAACUCGUUAAUUUUAUACAGAGAGGAAAUCAUGAAACAUUUAAAUCUGCCCUUUGAGGAUAAAUAUCGUCAACCUUACCAAGGAAUUACCGACUCGUUGUUAUUAUAUGGAAAUAGAACAAAGGUGGACUCUUUGGUGGAAUUAAGAAUGGAGUUGGGAAGACCGACAACAAACAAGUCAUCAUUAGCUUACGAAAAGGACGGUUCUGGGGGGCCCUACAAUCAGAAUCAAAAUAUACGUUUCUAUGCCUUUAACAAGAAGAUUAAACGGGAAUACUCAACCCAUGAAACAGAAAAGAAGAAAAAGCCUCAACGAAGUGAUUUACUUGAUGACCAGAGUUCAGGGCAUCAACAGAAAUCCUCUGCAUCCCCAGACAUCUUCGAUGAUAAGAAAAUGUGGCAUAUGCUUUUCAAGAUUGGUUCAUUGAAAAAAGCUGCAGUUACGUUAUCAAGCAUACUUUCUAUGUCUUAUGACUACGAUUUGGUGUAUAUUUUGGAGAUUAGAGUAGCUGAAAAGUGCCGGAUCUUGGGUGACUAUUUUCCACCUGGUGUUGAUAAGGUUGAUUUAGACCAGUUCAAAUUUGCAAACAAGCUUGUAAAGUCAAGAAAAUUACCAGACGAGUUCAUGACAAGGUUAGUUGGUCACCACGAUCAACGCAGCUCCAGCUUAAUUCCGCCGUCGAAGGUUGAACAGUUCUAUCAGCACUCAAUACACUACAAAGCUUUCAUAUCUGAGUUUGGGUUGGAAUAUACAAACGUCAAACGUGAUACAUUAUAUAAUCAUGGUUUGCUAAUUCCCUUCUUUAGACACGAUUCAAAAUUGGUGAGAAAUUCCGUUGCUAGAAAGGAUAAAAAUGCCAAGUAUGUGGACUUGUAUUUGAGAAGUGGUGGUUUCUUGAUUGUCUUAUUUUCGGGAAAAAUCAAGCUGGUCGAUAGUGAGACGGUGUCUGCUAUAUUCAAUCACGCAUGUACCUAUAGAAAGAUUUAUGUCAGCUCUCAAUAA